AAUAAAUUUUAAGAAAAAAUAUUUUAAGCAAAUACUUUGCCAAAAAGUGUGAAAGCAAAAAAAAUUAAAAAAAAUAUUUUGGAAAAUAUUUUGAGAAAUUUUUGAAGCAGUCUUUUGGUGACUUUUCUGCGUAUUGUGCGUGGAGCCCGUGCAAAGUGUAUUCCAGCGGUUAUUCCACGUGUUCCGAUCCGGCCGCCAAAAUUAUUACGCACAAUUCCCUGAGCGUGUACGGUGGCGGCGUCAUGUGCGCCUCACCGUCCACAGCUCCCGCCUUCUUCAAUCCGCGGCCGCAGUCCGGCGCCGAGCUGUCCGCCUUCGAUCUGGGCCUGUCGCGCUCCAUGUCGCUGGGCGUGCCGCCGCACAGCGCCUGGCAUGAUCCCAACUUGGGCGGCCAUCUGCAUGCCUCGGCCGGACCCGGCUCGCUGGCGGGCACCAACACAAGCAGUGGCGGCGGCGGCGGGGGUGGCACAACGCCCAGCAGCGUGGCCAGCCAACAGUCAGCGGGCAUCAAACAGGAUCUGUCCGGACUAAGCACCUCCACGGCGAACCUUAACCAAAGCGCGCAUCAUGUCAUCAAGGAGGAUCUCUCCAGUUUGCCCAGCGCCAACGGCGGCUCCACAUCCGCACAUCACACAAGCGCCGCACAAUCCGGCCAUGGCGCGGAUCUGGUGCCCAUCAUCAAGGGCUCCCAGUCGGCCAGCUGCUUGGGCGGCUCGGCGGGCGGCAAUGGUGGCAGCACCACGCCCAGCUCCCAGGCCAACAGCUCCCACUCGCAGAGCAGCAAUAGCGGCUCCCAGAUUGACUCCAAACAGAACAUCGAGUGCGUCGUCUGCGGCGACAAGAGUUCCGGCAAGCACUACGGACAAUUUACCUGUGAAGGCUGCAAAUCGUUCUUUAAGCGAUCCGUGCGACGCAACCUGACAUAUUCGUGUCGGGGCAGCAGAAACUGUCCCAUAGAUCAACAUCAUCGCAAUCAAUGCCAAUAUUGCCGUUUGAAAAAGUGCCUCAAAAUGGGCAUGCGACGCGAAGGAUUUGCUCGGGCGCAGCUUUUAACUGUUCAACGUGGCCGCGUGCCGCCCACACAGCCCGGCCUGGCCGGCAUGCACGGCCAGUAUCAGCUGGCCAACGGCGAUCCAAUGGGCGUGGCUGGCUUCAAUGGGCACUCGUACCUCAGUUCCUACAUCUCGCUGCUGCUGCGCGCCGAGCCAUAUCCCACAUCCCGAUACGGCCAGUGCCUGCAGCCUAACAAUAUUAUGGGCAUUGACAACAUCUGCGAGCUGGCCGCCCGUCUGCUCUUCUCGGCCGUCGAGUGGGCCAAGAAUAUACCCUUCUUUCCGGAGCUGCAGGUGACCGAUCAGGUGGCACUGCUGCGUCUCGUCUGGUCGGAGCUGUUCGUUCUAAAUGCCAGCCAAUGCUCGAUGCCGCUGCAUGUGGCGCCGCUGUUGGCCGCCGCGGGUCUGCAUGCCUCACCAAUGGCCGCGGAUCGUGUGGUGGCCUUCAUGGAUCACAUACGCAUCUUCCAGGAGCAGGUGGAGAAGCUGAAGGCGCUGCAUGUCGACUCCGCCGAGUACUCCUGCCUCAAGGCAAUUGUGCUCUUCACCACCGAUGCCUGCGGUCUGUCGGAUGUGACACACAUUGAAUCCCUGCAAGAAAAGUCUCAGUGCGCGUUGGAGGAAUAUUGUCGAACGCAGUAUCCGAAUCAGCCCACGAGAUUUGGCAAAUUGCUACUAAGAUUGCCAUCUUUGCGUACCGUCUCCUCACAAGUCAUUGAGCAGUUGUUUUUUGUGCGUCUAGUCGGCAAAACGCCCAUCGAAACGCUGAUACGCGACAUGUUGCUGAGCGGCAACAGUUUCUCUUGGCCCUAUCUGCCUUCGAUGUGACACACAAUGUGGCGCCAAUUGACAACAACUUGAUCAUCAGCCGCAGCUGUGGCGGCCGCUGUGGCAGCCAAUCAUAGCAACACUACGCUCAACAUCAAUCCCUGCAACAACAACAACAUCACUAGCAACAGCAACAUUGGCGGCGGCGGCGGCGGCGACGGCAGCGGCAGCGAUGGGUGUGGGGGCAUUGCUGUUGCUGGCAAUCACAGCCACGAUCACAGCAAUGUUGCUGCCAUGCAUGCAACAUACGGCAACGGCGGCAACGGCGGCAACAACUGCAACAACAGCCUAAACAGCGUUUGCAAUCAGCAGCAAAUCAGCAACUACAGCAACAACAACAUGAACGCCAGCGGUUUUCUUGGCGCCGGCUGCAGCAGCAAUGGCAGCGGCAGCAGCAGCGAUUAUAUGGCCCAUGCAACAGCUGCUGCUGCUGCAUAUGUGACACCAGCAGCAAUUGCAACAACAACAACAACAAUGCCAGCGGCAGUGAACACAACAACAAUGCUGUCUAAUUACUGCGAUGCAGCCACUAUGAUGAUGGCCGCUGCCGCUGUCAAUGCAAAUCAGUGCCUGCAACAACACCACCAGCGAUUGCUGCUGGCCAGCAGCAACAGCAGCCACAGCCACAGCAGCAACAACAGCAAUAGCCAUGAGCAGUUGGCCACGGCAGCGGUCAUGGCCUCCUCCUCGUCCUCAGCUGGCUCGCUGUCGUCGGCAUCGUCCACACCGACAGCAACGGCCGUCGCGACAGCCCAGCAACAACAGCAACAGUCGCUGCCAUCGCCGCCAAAUUUAAUCGAUAUCAGCGAAGUUCCUCUCAUUGUGGAUGUCAAGUAGUGUAAUUAUUUAUGCAUAUUGAAAAAACAAAAAAACAAAAAACCAACAAAAAAAAUCUCUAAUGAAAAAUGUAAAAAAAAAAACAAAAACAAGAAA